AAGUCUUUGGUGUAUACCGGCAUCUCUAUUUCAUGGAUGUCAGCAACAACAGGUUGUUUGGUGAACUCUCACCAAACUGGGGAGAAUGCAAAAACUUGACGAGGCUACAGUUAUCUGGGAACAGGAUCACUGGUAAAAUUCCUCCCGAGAUUGGCAGUUGAAGCAGCUACGAGUACUUGGUCUUUCUUCGAACCUUCUAGAAGAAGAGAUUCCAAAGGAAUUUGAGAGGCUAACUUCUUUGUUCAAUUUGAGUUUAAAUGAUAACCAACUUUCUGGUCAGGUACUAAAAGAGAUUGGAAAACUCUCCAAUUUGGAGGUUCUUGACUUGUCAAUGAAUCACCUAAGUGGUCCAAUACCACCUCAAUUAGGGGAUUGCUCCAAACUCCGAUAUCUCAAAUUGAGCGAAAAUGAUUUGAAUGGAAGCAUUCCAUUUCAAAUUGGUAACCUGGUAUACUUACAGGAUUUACUAGAUCUCAGUCAUAACUUGCUCAAUGGAGAGAUAUCACCACAACUUGGGAAAUUGCAUGUGCUGGAAAAGUUAAACCUCUCCCACAACAUGUUGUCGGGCUCCAUUCCACCUUCUUUUGAAGCAAUGUUCAGCUUGCAAUCUAUUGAUUUUUCAUACAAUGCUUUGGAAGGUCCUCUUCCCAACAGCAAAAACUUUCAGAAGGCUCCUGCAAUGGCAUUCAUAAAAAACAAAGGUUUAUGUGGUGAAGUGCAAGGUUUGAGACCCUGCAACGCCCCUUCAAUAAGGCAUGGUGAUGCAAGGAAAGGCCGCCAAGUUGUCAUCUUCAUUGUUCUUCCUCUCUUGGCAGCCUUGUUUCUUUUAUUUAUAGUCGUCGGUGUUUCUUCCAUUUAUUCCCAAAGACGAAGAAAUAAAGAGAAGGUGGUUCUUGAAAGGAGUAGCAGAAAUCCAUUUUCAAUAUGGAAUUAUGAUGGGAUUGAUGCAUUUGAACAGAUCGUGGAAGUGACAGAGGGUUUUGACGACAAAUACUGCAUCGGAAUUGGAGGGUAUGGAAAAGUUUACAAAGCAAAUCUACCAUCAGGCCAAGUAUUAGCUGUGAAGAAACUUCACCCACUUGAAGGUGGGGAUCAAUCCGAUCAAAGAAGUUUUAGAAAUGAGAUUCGAGCAUUAACAGAAAUCCGCCAUCGCAACAUUGUGAAGCUUUAUGGUUUUUGUUCCCAUGCUCCAUUCUCAUUUCUAGUCUAUGAGUACAUGGAAAGGAGAAGCUUGGCUAGCAUCUUAAGCAAUGACAGAGGAGCUGCAGAGUUUGAUUGGACUCUAAGGGCGAAGGUUAUUAAAGGUGUGGCCCAUGCAUUAUCUUACAUGCACCAUGAUUGCACCCAACCAAUUGUCCAUCGAGACCUAUCAAGCAACAACGUUCUGCUGAAUUCGGAACUUGAGGCCUGUGUUUCUGACUUUGGCACUGCAAGAUUGUUGAUACCUGAUUCGUCCAAUUGGACUAUGCUCGCCGGCACUUACGGAUACAUCGCUCCAGAGCUUGCAUAUACAAUGAGGGUAACUGAAAAAUGUGACGUAUAUAGCUUUGGCGUUGUGGCACUUGAAGUGAUGAUGGGAAGGCAUCCUGGGGAGCUCAUCUCCUCUUUGACACCACCAAGUAGACAAGAUACACUGCUAAAGGAUAUGUUGGACCAACGUCUCCCAGACCCCACAGCUGUGGUUGCACACGAAGUCAUAUUUGUGGUGUCCAUGGCACUUUCAUGCAUUCGGCUGGAUCCAAACUCUCGGCCAACCAUGCACCAUGUGGCUCAAGAGUUAUCUAUUGGUGGGUCUUCCUUUUCUCUAGGGCCAUUCCACGCACUUACAUUACAUCAACUCAUGGAUCUUGAGGUAUAGUUGGGUGGAUGAAAAUCAUCAAGGUUGAGGGUGUGUAGUGGCAAGAACAUUAUUACUGUGUGUUUAUUGUAUGAAAAUCAUCGUAUGUGGAGAAGGUAUUUUUCUUGCUAUGAUAUGUACGUAAUUUUAGUGUGU